GACGUGUUCUUCUAGCGCCACGUCGUGAGGAAGUGUUGGCCCGCUGGAGCAGUUGGGACACAGACAGCCGAAUCAGGUGCUGGUGGACUGAAGGGGUUACCUGGCUCCUGUCUUGUUCCCUGGUGAUCUUCUGAUUGAGCAAGAACUAUGUCAUGGAUCAAGGAAGGCGAGCUGUCACUUUGGGAGCGUUUCUGUGCCAACAUUAUAAAGGCAGGCCCGAUGCCCAAACACAUUGCAUUCAUAAUGGAUGGGAACCGUCGCUAUGCCAAGAAGUGCCAGGUGGAGCGGCAGGAGGGCCACUCACAGGGCUUCAACAAGCUGGCUGAGACUCUGCGCUGGUGUUUGAACCUGGGCAUCCUAGAGGUGACAGUCUACGCAUUCAGCAUUGAGAACUUCAAACGCUCCAAGAGUGAGGUAGACGGGCUAAUGGACCUGGCCCGGCAGAAGUUCACCCGCUUGAUGGAAGAACAGGAGAAACUGCAGAAGCAUGGGGUGUGUAUCCGGGUCCUGGGCGAUCUGCAUUUAUUGCCCUUGGAUCUCCAGGAGUUGAUUGCACAAGCUAUACAGGCCACUAAGAACUACAACAAAUGUUUCCUGAAUGUCUGCUUUGCAUACACAUCCCGUCAUGAGAUCAGCAAUGCUGUGAGAGAGAUGGCCUGGGGCGUAGAGCAAGGCCUGCUGGAUCCUAGCGAUAUCUCUGAGUCUCUGCUCGAUAAGUGCCUCUAUACCAACCACUCUCCUCAUCCUGAUAUCUUGAUACGGACUUCUGGAGAAGUGCGGCUGAGUGACUUCUUACUCUGGCAGACCUCCCACUCUUGCCUGGUGUUCCAACCUGUUUUGUGGCCAGAAUACACAUUUUGGAACCUCUUCGAGGCCAUUCUGCAGUUCCAGAUGAACCAUAGUGCACUUCAGCAGAAGGCCCGAGACAUGUAUGCAGAGGAGCGGAAGUGGCAACAGCUGGAGAGGGACCAAGCGGCAGUGACAGAGCAGCUGCUGCAAGAGGGGCUCCAGGCCAGUGGGGACGCCCAGCUCCGACGGACACGCUUGCACAAACUCUCAGCCAGACGGGAAGAGCGAGUCCAAGGCUUCCUGCAGGCCUUGGAACUCAAGCGAGCUGACUGGCUGGCACGUCUGGGCACUGCAUCAGCCUGAGGGAGGCUGGCCACCUGCCACUUUGGCCUGCCCUCUGCCUCCAGGGCCCCACUCCCCUUUCUUUCCUUGGUGAAGGCACCUCCCUCCUGAUGAUGAAUUGUGUUCCCUUUGCUUGGCAGGGGAAUCCCCCCACCCCCAGCCAAGUCUGCUGGCCAUGGAUACCUUUGGGCUGCCUGGGACAGUGGCCCCUGGGGAGGAUUGAGGGUGAGAUCUUCCACAAGUACAGUAAACCCAGCUCUGGUCAUCAGUAGGUUUGGAAAGCAGGGGAUACCAACUCAUCAACUGCCUGUUCUCCCAGAUGCACUUUCUCUUUCCACCAGCACAUCCUUCAACACAGUUUCAGGGAAGAGGGCUCCCCAAAACUGUAGCCCUUUACCCAUCCAUCUUAGCCUUCCACCCAACUUUCACAAAAGAUUGGGCUCUACCUUGGAUCUGCUGGUAAAUAAAUAAUAGGCAGCCAGUUAUUUGGGGAAGGAAGAAACGGGCGGGAGAGACAGAAAGAAAAUUUGCCCAUCUGCUGCUCCUCCCCUUGGCUCUCCACCUGGGAUUUGCUAUUGAAUCUCUACCCCCUCCCACCAUGCAGUACUGAUUGCUCACUGAAAGGCUCUGCGCCCCCAAUGGCGCAUGGAAGCCAGGCGGGUGACUACAAUCCAAUUACCUAUUGUCGACUCAGCCCACACAAGCUUUUCCCCUCCUCUUGCAGGGCAUGGGGCCAGGCUCCACUCCCAAGUGAGACCAGCCCCCUCCAUGGUACAGGGUAACAGAAGGGCCUGUAGGCCCUGGUGACUCUAAUCCAGCACAAGCCUUUCCUGUAACACUUCAGGGCUGAGCAGAACCAAGCACUUCUUCAACUGACUCUGCCUCCUGCCCUCACCAUCUCCAAUUCUGAUUCCCACUUCCAGCCUUCAAGAUUUCUCUCAGCUUUUUGACCUGGCUCCCUCAGUAGGCUCCGAGACGAUUUAUUCUCAGCAUGGCAAAGCUCGUUUCAGGCCCUCUCUGCUUGUGAGGGUCAAGGCUAUGUCCUUUCCCUUACCUCCCUGUCAGGCCUUGCUGCAGAGCUGCUGAGAGGAUUAGUGCCUUUAGCUGUCUGCCUGAGCAACUCUGCUUCAGGUGCCCCACAGCAGCAAGUACCAGCCACCAACACCAACCAGAUGCUGCUGCCUUCAGACUUCCCAUUUUACUUUCCACAAGCCGUUUCCCCAGCAUCUCCCUCUAGGGGAGGGGUGGGGUCUUGCAAGCAAUGUUAAGAGCCUACUUUCUAGACCCUUAACUUUCCUAUACCCCAGACCCCCGCCCCCCUCCCUUUUCUCUGCCUGGAUACCUGGCAUUAGAGACCCCUUGGCCAUCAUCCCUGCUUCCAGAAUCAAGUAUAAAUGCCAGACACUGCGAUUGAGAAGCCAAUCAGUGCACCCUUUGGCAAACCCCUCCUGCACACCUGGUGCUCCCCACUACCAAUCCCUGGCACAGAGUUCCUGGAAAGCAGGUGCUGUACAUUUUCCAGCUUUACAAUGGGGCUGUUGACAGCCUUAAUUAGGGAGGCAUGAAUUAUGCCGCUGUAAUGCAGAGCCCUACAAUUAAGGCGGGAAUGAGGGCUGGAGGCAGCAAACGGAAUCUGCCCUGUGAGCGUGGCUAUUCAAUCCUUUCUCCUUUCUGUGUCUGACUUUCCCUAAUAUAAUUGGGGUACAGUAGAGGUGAUUAUUGAGGCUGGUACCUCUUUGGCCUGAGGUCCUGUAUUCUGGGAAAGGUGCACAGGGUGGAGUAGAGAAGAGCUGCCCCAGGAGGCACUGUAGGAGUGGAAAGAAGAGGCAGAGAGGCCACUGUCACCCAGGAGCAGGGGGUGCAAAAUAUUAAGUUGACUUGAACUCAU